ACCAUGGCCCCUCAGCAAACAGGUAGCAGGAAACGGAAAGCCGCCGAGGUCGAGGGGGGCGCCGGGAGUUCUUCGUCGCCCGGUCCCGCUUCUGCGGCGGCUGGGACCGGCCACGCGGAGGGGCCAUUGCUGCUGGCCAAGAGGCCGCGGAGGCCCGUGGCUCGCCGUUCCUUGGUGCACUACCUGAAGGGCCGGGCGCUGGGCGACGAGGGCCACCCGGGGCUGGCGGGCUUCAAGGGAGACCUGCGCAGCUAUGGGGUCCUCAGGCUGCCAGAGCUGCUGAGGGAGCGCCAGCUGGCGCUUGGCCCCCUCAACAAGGUGUUCGCGUCGCAGUGGCUAAAUGCCAGGCAGGUGGUGUGUGGCACCAAGUGCAACACACUCUUCGUGGUAGACGUCCAGACUGGCAGAAUUACCCGCAUUCCCCUGAUGCAGGACAGAGGACCUGGACAAACCCGUACCCAACCCACCUGUGGCAUCCACGCCAUCCAGUUGAAUCCCUCCAAGACCCUCUUGGCCACAGGGGGUGAAAACCCCAACAGUCUAGCAGUAUACCAGCUGCCCACCCUAGACCCUGUGUGCUUAGGGGAUCGCAAUGGCCACAAGGACUGGAUCUUCGCCAUUGCAUGGAUGAGUGACACGGUGGCUGUGAGUGGAUCACGGGACGGCACUGUGGCACUCUGGCGGGUUGAUCCUGACAUGUUCAAUGGCAACAUUCCCUGGCACAAUAAUUCAGAGAUUCCACGGUAUUCGCACAUUCGUCCAAGGGACAUGGAGGCCAUUCCCAGGGCCACCACUAACCCAGGUAAUCGCAAAGUGAGAGCCCUUGCAUUCAGUGGCAAAAACCAGGAGCUGGGAGCAGUGUCUCUGGAUGGCUACUUCCACUUGUGGAAAGCCCGAAGCUCCCUGUCCAGGCUCCUGUCCCUAAGGCUGCCCUACUGCAGAGAAAAUGUAUGUCUCACCUAUUGUGACGAGUUGUCCCUCUAUGCUGUGGGAUCCCAGUCUCAUGUUUCAUUCCUGGAUCCAAGACAACGCCAGCAGAAUAUCAAACCCUUGUGUUCCCGAGAGGGAGGCACAGGUGUGCGUUCUCUGAGCUUCUACCAGCACAUUAUUACCGUGGGCACUGGACAUGGUUCCCUGCUCUUUUAUGACAUCCGUGCACAGAAGUUCCUGGAGGAGAGGGCCUCAGCCAGUCCAGACUCUUUUCUUGCGCGCACAGGUAGGAAGCUCAAACUCACCUGUGGCAGAGGCUGGCUCAACCAAGAUGAACUCUGGGUGAACUACUUUGGUGGCACUGAGGAAUUCCCAAAUGCACUCUACACUCACUGCUACAACUGGCCUGAGAUGAAGCUCUUUGUGGGUGGAGGUCCACUCCCUUCAGGCCUCCAUGGCAACUAUGCAGGCCUCUGGAGCUAAAGUCUCUAAGCUCUUGUGAAGGUGCACAGAUUUAUCUUUUAGUUCAGGCUAAUGUUCUUCACAUAUGUUCUUGUGUGUGAUGUAUGCAUGCACACUUCUAAUUGUGUGUGAUUUUAUCUCCAAGGGGACUUACCCAACUUUCUAAUGCUCAGUCACAGAGAGAGGGAAAACAGAAAGGAGAGAGGAGAGAGGAGAGA